GUAAUGCAGCAGGAAUGGCUCCUGGUGGCAUGUGACUCCCCUUCCAGCCGGGCGCGCGGUGCCUGGGACCGCUCUUUCUCUUUCGCUGGCUCCCUCGCUCACGUUCCCCCUCCUCUGCCCCUUCCCAGACUCGGGAGAGUUUCCGUGGACGCCUGUCAUGAUUGGCGUGCAGGAAGCUGGUAGAAUGUCGUUGGAAUUUUCUAGGGAGGCACAUGUGCGACACCCAAAAUGACUCCCGGCUUUGGUGGCCUCAGGUGAGCGCUCCGUGCCUGGAGCGCUGGUCUUUUUCAGAAAGUGCCGCCAAGCUGCUGGACAAGACGCCGUUCUCGGUCAGUAACGUGAACCCGCUGCUUCCUUCGCCCGCUAGCCUCCAACUGGCUCAGCUGCAAGCUCAGCUCACCCUCCACCGGCUGAAGCUGGCACAGACAGCUGUCACCAACAACACCGCGGCCGCCACGGUCCUGAACCAGGUCCUCUCCAAAGUGGCCAUGUCCCAGCCUCUCUUCAACCAGCUGAGGCAUCCGUCCAUGAUCAGUGCCCCCCACGGCCACACCGGGGUGCCCCAGCACGCCACGACCGUGCCCAGCGCCCGGUUUCCCUCUAACGCAAUUGCCUUCUCCCCCCCUGGCCAGACACGAGGCCCAGGGCCCUCUGUGAGCCUUCCCAGCCAGCCCCCCAGUGCCAUGGUGAUGCACCCUUUCAGCGGGGUCAUGCCUCAGACCCCCGCCCAGCCAGCAGUCAUCCUGGGCAUUGGCAAGACUGGGCCCGCCGCCGCGGCCGCGGGCUUCUAUGAGUACAGCAAAGCCAGCUCCGGCCAGGCCUACGGCUCUGAAGCCGACGGGCAGCCCGGCUUCCUGCCAUCCUCGGCCUCUACCUCGGGCAGCGUGACCUAUGAAGGGCACUACAGCCACUCAGGGCAAGAUGGCCAAGCUGCCUUCCCCAAGGACUUCUACGGACCCAACUCCCAAGGGGCGCAGGUGGCGGGCGGAUUUGCCGCUGAGCCGGCCGGGGGCUUGAAGGGCGAGGUAGGUCCGCUGCUGCAGGGUGCAAACAGCCAGUGGGAGAGCCCCCACGGAUUCUCUGGCCAAAGCAAGCCCGAUCUGACCGCAGCCCCCAGCCUGUGGCCUCCAACCCCCGGCCAGCCCUAUGAGCUGUAUGACCCCGAGGAGCCCACCCCAGACAGGACCCCUCCUUCCUUUGGGGGUCGGCUCAAUAACAGCAAACCGGGUUUCGUCGGAGCCCGGCGGCGGGCCAAGGAGGAGCAGGCGGUGCUGUCCGUGCGGCCCUUGCAGGCGCACGAGCUGAAUGACUUGCAUGGUGUGGCCCCCCUCCACCUGCCACACAUCUGUAGCAUCUGCGACAAGAAGGUGUUUGAUUUGAAGGACUGGGAGCUGCAUGUAAAAGGGAAACUACAUGCUCAGAAAUGCCUGCUCUUCUCUGAAAAUGCUGGUGUCCGGUGUGCACUCAGUUCGGCAGAGGGAACGCUAUGUGCCUCUCCCAGCAGCACAGCCGUUUACAACCCUGCUGGGAACGAAGAUUACACCUCAAAUCUCGGGACGUCAUAUGUGGCCAUUCCUGCAAGGUCAUUUACUCAAUCAAAUCCCGCAUUCCCUUCCGCCUCCCCGGGGACAAAUUUUGCGCAGCGGAAAACGGGUGCUGGCCGCGUGGUACACAUCUGCAAUCUGCCUGAGGGAAGCUGCACUGAGAAUGACGUCAUUAACCUGGGGCUGCCCUUUGGAAAGGUCACUAAUUACAUCCUCAUGAAGUCUACCAAUCAGGCCUUUUUAGAGAUGGCUUACACAGAGGCUGCCCAGGCCAUGGUCCAGUAUUACCAAGAAAAAUCUGCUAUGAUCAAUGGUGAGAAGUUGCUCAUUCGGAUGUCCAAGCGAUACAAGGAAUUGCAGCUGAAGAAACCUGGGAAAACCGUGGCCGCCAUCAUCCAGGACAUCCAUUCCCAGAGGGAGAGGGACAUGUUCCGGGAAGCAGACAGAUACGGCCCAGAAAGACCGAGAUCUCGAAGUCCAAUGAGCCGGUCACUGUCCCCGCGGUCCCACACUCCGAGCUUCACCUCCUGCAGCUCUUCCCACAGCCCCCCGGGCCCCUCUCGGGCCGACUGGGGCAACGGCCGGGACUCGUGGGAGCCCUCUCCCUACCCUAGGAGGGAGGAAGAGCGAGGCCCGGCCCCCUGGAGGGAGAACGGGGAGGACAAGAGGGACAGGACCGACCCGUGGCCACACGACCGCAGACACUACCCCCGGCAACUAGACAAAGUGGAGUCAGACGAGCGACUUGACGGAGGGAGGGGCUACCGAGAAAAGCACCCGAGGUCGGGGUCCCCCAACCCACUCCACUCUGCGACAUCGUCGUCAGGCUACAAGAGCCGAGAGGACGGCUACUACCGGAAAGAGGCCAAGGGCAAGUCGGACAAGUAUGUAAAGCAGCCACAGGAUGCCCCCGGGAGGUCCAGGAGGAAGGACGAGGCCAGGCUUCGGGAAAGCAGACACCCCCACCCCGAAGACUCAGGCAGGGAGGACGGGCCAGAGCUGAAGGGCACCAGGCCCCCCGAGAGCACCAAGUCUAAGCAGAGUGAGAGAAACAGAACCAAGAGACCCGAGAGAGACCAAGAAGGAGCAGAUGACAGAAAAGAAAACAGAACAGCAGAGGAUGAGGCUGGAAAAGAAGAGCAGGACAGCAUGGAAGAUAGCCCCACAUCGGUGGGCAGGCAGGAGAAAGAAACAGAAUCCUCUGAUGCAGAAAAUACAAGGACAAGGAAGGAGCAAGACUUGGAGAGUGGAAGUGAGGCGGAGGGGGAGAGCUGGUAUCCCACCAACAUGGAGGAGCUGGUUACAGUAGACGAGGUGGGGGAGGAAGAAGAUUUUAUUAUGGAACCGGACAUCCCAGAACUGGAAGAAAUUGUGCCCAUUGACCAGAAGAACAAAAUCUGUCCAGAAAUGUGUCCCUGUGUGACGACCACCUUAGACCUGGACUUAGCCAAAGAUUUCAUCGAGGAGGGAGUCAAGACCAUAGGUAAUGGGGCCGUGGAAAUCGGCCUCAAGUCGCCCAAAGAACUGCCUUUUGCUUCCACUAGCUGUCCUAGUGACAUGGAGGUGGAAACGCCUGGCCUAAAUCUGGAUGCUGAGCGGAAGCCAGCUGAAUGUGAGACAGGCCUCUCACUGGAGGGUUCAGAUUGCUACGAGAAGCAGGCAAAGGCAGCAGAGAGCUCAGAUGUGUGCCUGGCCUCUACACACCAGCAAAUGUCUUCCCCCAAGCCAGCAGAGGAGAGGGCCUGGCAGCCUAGCCCCUCUCUCGAUGACUGCAAGGCCAGGGAGACCCCCGAAGAUGGGGCUGGUGAAGGCAGCCCCCUGGAGGAGAAAGCCAGCCCCACCACCGAAACCGACCUCCAAAGCCAGGCUUGCCAAGGAGUGUCGACCCAGGAAAACUCCAGGUACGUGGAAAUGAAAUCUCUGGACGUGAGGUCACCGGAAUAUGCUGAAGUUGAGCUGAAACAGCCUCUUUCUUUGCCGUCCUGGGAACCAGAGGAUGUGUUCAGUGAACUCAGCAUUCCUCUAGGGGUGGAGUUCGUGGUGCCCAGGACCGGCUUCUACUGCAAGCUGUGUGGGCUGUUCUAUACGAGCGAGGAGAUGGCGAAGAUGAGCCACUGUCGCAGUGCCGUCCACUACAGGAACUUACAGAAGUACUUGUCCCAGCUGGCCGAGGAGGGCCUGAAGGAGACCGAGGGAGCAGGCAGCCCGAGGCCCGAGGACAGCGGAAUCGUGCCGCACUUUGAAAGGAAAAAGCUCUGACACCUCUGCCGCUGCUGGAAGCAGGGAGACGAGGGCCUGCCGAGGUGGGGCCUUCCUGACCUCCCGGACAGGAACCAACGCCAGAGAGGAAGGAAGACCAGGCAGGCCACUUGCCUGGUUUUCUCAGACACUCGUGAAGCGCUGCCUCUGGAGCUGGAGCGCUCCAGCGCCAGCACCCUGGUGUGUCCAGUUUGCUGAGGGUCACCUGCUCUCCCCCUGUUGACUCCUGUUUCCUUCAGACAGCCUUUCAAUUCCUUUCUCUCUCUUCCUCCCUCUCCCCUCUCCCUCCUUCUGUGCCCAGGGUCAUUUCAUUUUCAUAAAAAUCCAACUUCUCAGGGAUUUUCACAGUGUUCAAAUUCUUGAUGGGAUAGGACAGGCCAUGCCAGGCUGAGUCUUCCAAGGAAAAGAUUUCAUGGAGACUCCUGGGUCCAGAACCACAUCAGUGAGCCCAGAGCACCAAGACAGUUUCUCUGCCUGGCUUCUUGUGCGGGAAGGUGGGUGGGGCGAGCAGGGUGCCUACAGCCCUGGAGGGGAGCACCCUAGACAGUCAGUGAGCAGAGGCUGGGAUUUCCUCCAGCUGGACCACCUUUUUGAAAAGCCCUGAUUGUCAUACCUCUUUCAUCCUCUCAGAUUCAUGCCUUAAAGUUUAAUGAAUUUUACAGAGAGAAGAGCCCUUCAUUUUGGAAUCUCUGAUGUUUCCCUCCUCUUGAUUGCAGGAGGUGCCAGGGUUUGUUCUACUCUGGACAUUAAAUUGGUCUCAAUUCACUUUAACUAAAAAUGAAAACAGAAGCAUCUUCCCCCUCCAGCUAAAACAGCAGUCCGGUCAGGGCUUAGGCCGAAUGUUGGCUGCACGUGGUUGGCUUGAGAGACCCCAAAACAAGGAAACGGUAUCUGUCCUUGACUCACCCUUGGUGUCUGCACUCUGGGCUCCAGCAGCCCCACAGUGGAUGCUUUCAAAUGGUCUGAGGCCAGAGAAGCUAAGGAGAAGGCUGCAGGACUGAGGAGCACCUCAGGAUUGCCGGGAGUUUGUAGGUGGGCCCUUUUCAAUUUGGCAGAAGGUCAGGGUAGCUCAGAGCUGACCCCAGGUGCAGACAUUGAUGUCAAAUGUUAGGAAGCACAGAGCACUUAUUCCGGUCGGGCUGUGCGAUCCUGAGGUCAGGGCCUCGGGCCCCGGAAGUCCAUUGGAAGAGUUUGGGAGAAGGUGCUGGGGAAAUGAGGCUCAGCUGCAGCCCUGGAGGAGCCCUGGAGAAGGUCGGAGGGGAGCCUGGUGCUGCUUCCUCAAGCUGAGACACCUGCCUGGAGGUGGCCUCCCUGGCUCAGCCCCUGGAAGACGGUUCCUGUUAUUUCUGUUCCUGGCCACAGGAAGGUAGAUUCGGACGGGAUUGUUUAUUUUACUUAAGUUCUUUGCUUUUUUUCUUUUUAUGGUAAAUAAGACUACACUGCUCAUUUUGUUCUCCACACUCAUGGCAGAAGUAUAGAGAGAUUGUCUGAGUUCGACACUGACAUUUUAUCAGUGAGGAAACUGAGGCAUAGCAAAGAAAGAUAGAACAGAAAAUGAUCAGGUGUUAAGCCUUGGGGCAAGUGGUCACCGGCAAGGAGAGAACUGCCGGGAACCUGUGAGAGAGAAGCGAGAAGCACCAGAGGCAGGCAGACCAGCUUGGACAGGUGUGGGGCGGAGAGGCUGGAGGUAGCGGGAAGCCUGAACUUGGCAUCAGGCCAGAGGGGGAGCCUCAGGAGGGUUAGUGUCUCAAAGAGAGCAGACGUUGAAAAGGGUGACUCAGCCCAGACCUGAUCCCCUGGCCCUCUCCUUCGGUUUUUUCACCUGGUGUUCUGAAAACCAGCCUCCUCCAUUUCUCGGAAAACCUUUAACCCUCUGUGUCUCUCCUCCCAUGAGAGGGAAGUCAAGGGCCAGCUCUAUGGCCUCUUCACUGAAUCUUGCUGGGAAAAGCCUGCUGCCUCCAUUAGAGGCUAAAACUGCAUUUUCAGAGAGGCUGGCAGUCUUUUUCUCCCAGCAAAGUGGAACCUGACCCCACCAGCUUGUCCCCACUCAACAGUGUUUCCAUGGAAACCAAGGAUGGCUGUUCAAACAACAGUAUUUCCUAGUAAUGUAAUGGCUCCGUUGCUGAUGGAUUGAUCUUCUCCAUAUUUUAAAGCUGGAGAAGGGCCCUGGGAAGGAGAGAGAAGAGGCUCUUUGCGUUCAAUCAGAACCUUCAGUUUAAAAACUCAUCUAAGAUCCCAUAUUUGUGUGUAUAUAUAUAUAUUUAUUUUUAUUUAUUUUUAUACAAUUCCAUUGGCAUAAUUUCAUCCACUCCAUAAUUUGCACUUCUUCUUCCUACGUGUGUCAUACACAAUGCAAUAUUAAAAGCAACCAGGAAAAUAUUGAUUUAUUUUUUAAAGCUUUUCUUCAGUGUUUGUUAACCAUUUCAAAGUGUCUCCCCAAAAAUGUUGUUUAAGAGCAGCUGCUACCUUGAGCAACAGAUUGAUUUGUACCCUGGGUUAACGUAACAAAAGGCCUGGGUCAUGUUCUUUUUAUUGUAAACACCUGAAAUAAAGUGUAUCCAGAGAGUAUUUCCAAAGAAUUUGGUAAAUUUGAUGUUGGUGUGCGCAGCCGCCAUUAGUGUCAGGGUUUCCCUUGACAGUCUGAGGCUGUGACCUGUUAGAUUAUACUUGAACUGGACCACAGUUUGAUUUUUGAGCUUAUGAGAAAAAGAAGAACAUUAGUUCCUAUAAGUUUGAACUUGUAAAGUAUUGGAAUUUGUCGAGUGUCCUAUAAAUUGCCACUUUUCCUGAUCUGUAUAACUGGCCGCAAGUGUUUGUUUUUACAAAAGGGGGGGAAGAUUUUUAAUAAAGACAAUUUGAGAGCCUG